AUGGAGAUAAUGAGGCGGGGCCGAGUUAUCCUGGAGAGAAGAGCACUCCCCCACUCGUCUUCGACCUCAAUCGGUGGGGCUUCAUCGACCAAUCCUCCGCUCAGACCUGUUCGGCGAGGGUCUCCUGCUGUUCGACCUUCUCUAUUGGCCAGUCCUACUCGCUCUCAGACUGCUCGUGCACCUCGACCGGCCACUUCUGCUCACCCCCGGGCCGCUCGUCCACUUCGAUCGGCCAUCCCCGCUCGCCCUCGGGCUCCCGCUUGCCCCCGGGCCCCACGUACGGCCUGGUCUACUCCCCCAACACCACUACCCUCGGUUAGUCCUCCCCGAGCCACUUAUAUCCCCGGUCUGACCCUUAAUGAAAGGCUCCUGGGCCUUGGCAGAAGAUCCGGCAAUGUUCCCUUCGCCGGUCCCGCUUUCAGAGAGGCUUCUCAGGCGGCUCGCAGGGCUCGUGCCACAAAUGAACGCCUGAGCCAAAAUGUCCUAUCUCCCUCUAGACGCAGGGCUCGGUCGUCCUCCGAUGAUUCUGACUCUGACGAUCAGCCAUUAUCUCAAAGACGUCGGCACCGAGUCCCUCGCCCGAUGUCCGACUCCGGCCCAUCAUCUAUCCCUUCUCCUCCUCCAAAUGCAGCUACCUCUCCUCCAUCCCCUCAUGUGGCUCCACCUCCAAUCCCAAGCCAUGUAGUUGAUCCCCCUACUUCAUCUAAUAAUCAGGCCGAAUCCCCAUUGGCUCAUCUUUCCACCUCACAGCAUGCUCAGGACGAUGAAGCUGGCCCCUCAGAACGACCUUCCACUAUCCCGCCUGCAGUACCUCCUCAAGGUCAUUCUUCAGCUCCUUCUGGUGCCAUCGCCGAGCCUUCAACUCCUCCAGGCUCAGUCGUGGGUCCCUCAGGACCCCCUCCGCUUAUUUAUCAGAAUUAUUGUACUACCCUCCCUUCUGAGGAACAGUUAUGGUCUCAAACAUAUGUUCCCACCAGCUCCCUCAAGAUAAAAGGUUGUCUGGCCACUUUAUGGGAAGAAAGUCUGCAUCAUAUGGAUUCCUUGACUCCCCCGGCUCAGAUGGACCAAUUCGCAGAGUUGUAUGUUAAGGUUGCUGAACUAGAACUACAACUGAAUGAUCCUGCCCAAGCUAGUCAUGCUUUGAGGGCCGAAAUAAAAGAUUUAACCAAAAAGAAGAAUAGUCUGGAAGUAUCUCUAGCCAUAACCGACCAUAAACUUAGAGAUCUCCAAGAAAAGCAAAGUCAGACUGAUAGUGUACACCAACAGAGUAUGAAUCAGCAGACUUUAGAGCAUCAAAGAGCUAUGGACCAGUUAACUCAAAAGUUGCGUGCUGCCGAGGCUCUGGUGCAGGAUCAAGACCAAAAGUUGAAAUCGCAGGAGGCCCUUUUGAAAUCUCAAGAGACCCAGCUAACUUCCCAAGCAACCGAAUUAUCUACUGCCAGAAGUGAAUUGGCUCAGGCUAGGGCAACCACAGAGGGCGUGUCAACAGCUCUGGCGAUCUACAGAGAAGGGGAGAACAAUCGCUGCUUACAAAACCGUGCUAUGUAUCUGCGUUCUCCAGAGUUUUGUGCACAGGUGGGACAUUGUUUUUCCACAUCUGCUAUCUACGGGGCGGGCGGGGCUCUGCGACAACUUCACGAGCAAGACUAUUUAAAGUCUCUUCCACCUCCUGAAUUCUUAGACCAUGAUCGGAUCCUCAAAGAGAUACCGGAUGAGAUAUUUGCUCCUUUUGAAUGA